GCGUGACUCGGUGUGACUUGGCGUGUGUGUAUGCGUGUAUAUGUGUGUAUAUGUGUGUGUGUGUAUAUGUGUGUGUGUGAUUUAUUUUUCGCUGCGAUAACCGGGUUUCUCAGCGCUAUGGACAUCAUCGCUGUUCUGACUGCGGCUGGUGCUGUAACCGAGCUGCUCAGUUUUAUCACAGCAGUGCGUUUAUUUCCUCCAGCGCCAGCUCGCCAGCUCCUGAUCUGGGUUUAGCGCUGAUUAAAACUGAGCUGUGGUAUUUCUGUAGUAGUGUUUACUCCUCUCUCAGUCUCCGGGGUGUUGCACUGCAGAAUCCCGUAGCCUACUUGCAUAAAUUACCAGGUAGCGACCUGACUAGUGCUUUAAACUAGCGCUUAAGACGCGAUUUAAACCUUUUUUAUUUAAUAUCAGCAGCACAAACUUUCAUUAUCUAAAGCUAAAUCGACUACAAUGACACCUACGAAAUCCGGGUUUCAUAUUUAAGCCUGAACACAUCGACUUCAUCGGGAAAAAAAUGGUAUUGUUUUAUAGGAAGUGAUUCUUGGACGCCAGCUUGUCACCAAUUGUUGAUGUUUUUUGUCCAGCACUUUUGUCCAGAGCUCGUCCGCGCAUGCGCAGUGCACCGCGUUCGGAGCCUCGUGCGUGCAGGUUUUUAAAUUCAUGCACGCGCGCACACGCACGUAAUAUAUAUAUAUAUAUAUGUGUAUAUACACACACACACAAAUGUGCGCGUGUCAGAAAAGACGCUCACUAUCAGCUCCUCGCGCUACACUACAAAUUUUAUUUUUAUUUAUCUUUUCACUUCUUGGGAAGAAGGUCGUGUCUCUCUGUAAGGCAGCGGAACAAAGAGGAAGACACGGACAAAGUGUCUCGGAGGUGUAGGGUGCAGCGGGGGGGCUGAGAGGCAAGCGCAUGAGGAAGGGGCGUCUACAGACCCCUGUCCCCACACACAGCGCUUGCACACACACACACACACACACGCACGCACGCAGCAUAGUUAAAGGGAGACACACCCACAAGCAGUUAUGAGGUCCAUCCGCUCCUUCGGAAACGACGACCGCCACGUCAUGGCGAAACACUCCACCAUCUACCCGUCCUCCGAGGCACUGGAAGCCGUACAGAGCCUCGUCUCCACUGUCGAGUGCGCUCUCAAACACGUCUCUGACUGGAUGGACCAGUCGCAGGCCGAGCAGCCGAACCAGUCCAGCGGGCAGGAGGAGGAGACGGAGGCCAGCGCUGACGAAUCAGCAGAGGAAAGCACCAAUGAGGGCAGUAGCAGCAGCAGCAGCAGUGGGGGUGAUGGCAGGGUGCUGUGUGGGGUGAUGCGGGUCGGCCUGGUGGCUAAAGGGCUGCUCAUUAAAGACGACAUGGACCUGGAGCUGGUGCUCAUGUGUCGAGAGAAACCCACACACACACUGCUGCGCACCGUCUGUGAUAACCUCCCACUGCAGAUAGAGAAGCUAACAGAAGAGAAGUAUGAGGUAGAGUGCAGUAUCCCUGAGGCGGCCAUUUUGAUUCGCAGUACAGCGGAGCCCAAACUCACACUGAAGGUCACACUCACCUCUCCACAGAUCAGAGAGGAUGGCGAGACAGGAGAGCAAGAGAGCGUUGUUGAGGCGAGCGAGCCGUCGGACCUGCUGGAUAGACAGAGGUGCCUGGUGGCGCUGGCCUCUCUGCGACAUGCUAAAUGGUUCCAGGCGAGAGUAAACGGCUUAAAAUCAGGAGUGAUCGUGUUGCGGAUUCUGAGGGACAUGUGCAACCGAGUGCCGGCCUGGGAACCUCUGAAAGGAUGGCCGCUGGAGCUGCUGUGUGAGAAGGCCAUCGCGACGUGUAACCGGCCGCUGGGAGCAGGAGAGGCUCUGCGCAGGGUCAUGGAGUGUCUGGCCUCCGGGAUCCUGCUCCCAGGUGGACCGGGGCUGCACGACCCGUGUGAAAAGGAGCCGACGGACACGCUGGCGGCCAUGACGGACGAGCAGGCGGAGGCCAUCACGUACAGCGCACAGCACGCUCUCCGGCUGAUGGCUUUUGGUCAGAUCUACAAGGUCUUAGAGAUGGAUCCACUUCCCUCCAACAAACCGUCAUCAAAAUACCCCUGGUCAGAUAAAGAAGGUUCGGGGCUAAAGAGGCCCUACGAGGACGGCCUGAUGGACGACAAAGACCUCAUCAAGAAAAUGAAACGCAACCUGAGAAAAGUUUUAGACAGUAAAGCAAUAGACUCCAACCAGCCCAUGAAUGCCCUCAUGCGGCUGAAUCAGAUCCGCCCGGGCCUGCAGUACAAGCUGCUGUCUCAGUCCGGUCCGGUUCACGCUCCCGUCUUCACCAUGUCCGUGGAUGUGGACGGAACCAUCUACGAAGCCUCGGGUUCUUCCAAGAAAACGGCCAAGCUGCAUGUAGCUGUUAAGGUGCUGCAGGCGAUGGGAUACCCAACGGGCUUCGACACAGACCUGGACUCCAUGAGUGCAGAUGAGAAGUCAGACAGCGAGGGCAAGAGCGAGACGUCGACACACUCGAGCAAUAACACAUCACACUCCACAGACAACUCCAGCACACUGGAGGUGCGAACUCAGGGUCCUAUUCUGACGGCGAGCGGUAAGAACCCAGUGAUGGAGCUAAACGAGAAACGGCGAGGCCUCAAAUACGAGCUGAUCUCCGAGAGCGGCGGCAGCCACGACAAACGCUUUGUCAUGGAGGUGGAGGUGGACGGACAGAAGUUCCGAGGCGCGGGACCUAAUAAGAAAGUAGCCAAAGCUAGCGCCGCCCUCGCCGCCCUGGAGAAACUGUUCUCGGGACCCAACGCUGCCGGCAACAAGAAGAAAAAAAUCCUCCCUCAGAAUAAAGGAGCGAUCGCCGCGGCCGCCGCCGCCUCUGCCGUCGCAGCUCAGGCCGCUCGAGGAAGAGGAAGAGCCGCACUCGCGCGAGGAGCCUUCGUCAGCGCCGCCGCACCGGGCUACGUCACACCAGGUUUUGGAAGCCCGUACGGCUACGGCGCUGCAGCCGCUGCUCCUGCAUACGGUGGUCUUUUCAUUGACAAUCCCUUUUACCAGCCACGGACCAUCGCACCUUUUAUUAUUCACUUGGGUCCUCAAGAUCUCUUCUCUGACUUCUAGAACCAUCAGGUUGUGUGGCUCUAAAGUGUCGUGUACCGCUCCAGGCUUGACCAGGCUCUCUCUCUCUCUCUCUCUCUCUCUCUCUCUCUCUCUCUCUCUCUCUCUCUCUCUCUCUCUCUCUCUCUCUCUCUACCGCACAGAAACGCCCUAAAAAAACUGCACACACUCCUUUCUCCCAAACACAAGCAGCUCGUAACGAAAGCAAUACCCGAUUUGUUUGACCUCGGCUCACCACCGAGGACUUUUGGCAAUACACAUGAACUAUUUUAUUUUUAUUUUAUUUUAUUUUUAAACGGCUUGAAGCUUUUCCUGAGAUGAUGUGAAUGUUCAGUCUUUAAUCUCGCGCUGCAAUAUAUUCAUUUUCACUGUAUAUUCACGAAAGAAUAUAUGUGACUAUAUUAUAAAUAUAUGCAUAUAUAUGUAUGGUAAUUCUACUAUAAAUAUAUAUGUGUAGAUACACUGAUGUACUUAUGUAUAUUUCUAUACUAUAUAUAUACAUAUACAUUUAAAUAUCGUUGGUAUAAAUUAUUUUAGAAAGUGAAAUGUAACUAUUAUAACCUUAGCAUAUAGCGAAUAGCUUUCUCUUCCAGUUUUAUAUAUACUGAGCAAUUUAAUGUAAUCAUUUAAUCUAUAUUAACAUGCAAUACGAGCGCCCUUUUCUUAAUCUACAGCUCGUAGAUUAGCGAUGCUUCCUCCUCUGCGCCUCAGCAGCUUGACCACGUCUGUUCAUUAGUGUGUGUGUGUGUGUGUGUGUGUGUGAGUGUGUGAGAGAGUGUGCGAGUGAACUUCGUUUGACCAAAGCCUGGUGUUUUGGCUCUUCACGUCAUAUACGCAUAGCAAUACGCAACACUUCUCGCAGGUUUUUAGAAAGCACACACACACACCGUCUUGCGCAGCUGCUCGCAUUCUGUUCACACACUCGGGUCAGCUCGUGCAUCCACUCUGGAUUAUUAUUAUUUAUUUUUUUUUCCCAAAACACAAAGCACAAUCCGAGUUAGUGAUUUACUCUAUGAACCGGAAACCUCAGCCCUGUUUUUAUACCACACUGACCAAUAAUUUACACACGCGAUGGCUGUAGAGUCGAGUGCAAAAGUUUGUACACCCUCAGGACAAAGUACGAUGUCUAGCAUGUUGGGUUUUAUAGAUUAUGACAUGAUGAUGGUUAAACUUGUUGAAAGUAAAAAAAUUUAAAAAUCGCAUAUUCCCCCGUACAUACACGUAUACGGAUAUUUUUGAAAAUGCAAGUUUAUUUUUUUAAGCAUUUUGGGUCACAGAAAACUUUUUUUUUUUUUUUUUUUAAACACCCCUUAAAUGUUAAGAAAUUUAAAAUCUCUGUUUUUCUGUAAAUGUUAAAAACGUUGCUGAAAACAUCACAUCAUGAACCUGCACAUUGGCAGCUUGCGUGUUAUGAAUGUUUUCACGGCUGCUGGUCAGGUCGUUACUUCACGCUCCGUGAUUUCUUGUUUAUCCGGCGCUUCAAACCGCAAUGAGAACGCAGAUUUACGAUAAGAACCAGGAGAACCUUUUCUAUUGGAGUAGAACCUUAACCAGCAGUUCCACCUCGUCGUCACACACAAAUAAUCCGCGUCUGUCAACUUUAAGCUGUUUGCAUUUUUCCACAUUUCAUUUUCUUUAAUGCAAAAUGUUAAUUUUACAACGUACUGCCACUGAACUAUCGCUUAUGUUCUCUAAUCAUUUUCACGUUUUCCAAAACACUCUUCGUAUAGAUAGAAAUUAUUAUAAUUAUUUUUAAAAACAAUGUAAACAUACGGACGGAAAAACUCUAAUUGUUUUGUUUUUGCCUUAUGGUUUCAGAUCGUUGUCUUGUUCUGGAAAACAACCACGUUUUAUUUUUAACAUCUUAGAUUUCCAUCGAUUGGUGCAUUUUCUGAUGUAAAAACCAUGAGGGAUGCAAACUUUUGCCUUCGACUAAUCUAAUUACAGAAAGUUUUACACAUCUGCAUUCACAAAUAGGAUGAAUCAUAUCCAGUGAAGUUAAUCAAAUCAGCAAAUGAAGAUGGUUUAUUAAACUCGAGUGUGCUGUAAGUGAAGGUUAAAGCUUGACAAGUUUCCCUUUAAUGACGAGAUCAGAAUGUUCAUAAAGCUAUUAAAAAAAAAAAAAUGUAAAUAUUAUUUAUUGGGUAAAAUCUGUCUAAAUACCCAUUAAGUAUCUUUAAUAUUAUUGCUAUGCCUAUAAACGCUAUUUUAAAAAUAUUGUACACUUAAGUAGUAGAUUGUAGCUUUUAAGUGCAUAUAUAGGAUUAAAAAUACGACUCUUUAUUUAUGUAUUUAUCAGAAUUCUAUUUGCUGGAAUUUUAAUGAUCUGAGCCAAAAAAAAAAAAAGAAAAGAGAGAGAGAGAUGUAUUUGACAAAACUGGGCUUCAGUCUGGUUUGAAGUUCGUCUUUAUUUAAUUUGUUAGACGUACAGAGAAAGUCUGUAAUGUUAUAUGAUGCAUCAUAUUUUCUCACUUUCAAGCUGUUUUUUCUGAACCAGAAGAAUGACUUCGAUCUUUUUUUUUUUUUUUUUUUUUUUUGAGUUAAAGAUGGUGAGUGUGGAUGUGGGUAAGUUCUGUGAGAAAACUCGAGAGUGAGAGUGAGAGCUGCCUUUCUGAUUUUUAUUUUUUUUUUUUAAAAUCAAACACACAAGUCCCCUUCUUAAUGAUCUAAUGCUUUAUAUCAUGUUUCCGUGUGUGUGUGUGUGUGUGUGUGUGUGUGUGUGUGUGGGGAUGAGUGCGUGAUCGCUGUAGUCAUUAAUGAUUAGUAAAACUUUUAAACUAGAAAUGAUCUUUAUGGGUUAGAGCUCCGCCCACCUUCUUUCUUUCUUUUCUCUCCAUCUACCUGUUUGUCAUUUCUUUCUUCCUUCAUCCCUCUCAAAUCUUCCUUUUGUCCAUCUACCUUUCUGUAUUCACCUCCUUUUUCUCAUCCCUCUCACAUCUUUCAUUCUUUCUUUCAUCUCACUCAAAUCUUCCUUCCUUUCUUGCUUUACCUUCUUUCCUUCCUUCCUUCCUUUUGCCCAACUACCUACGUAAUCACUUCCUUCCUUUCAUCCCCUUCAUCUGUUUCCUUCCUUUCUCUCCUCUCAUCCCCCUCACCCCUUCCUUCCUUCCUUUCUCUCCUCUCAUCCCCCCACCACUUCCUUCCUUCCUUUCUCUCCUCUCACCCCUUCCUUCCUUCCUUUCUCUCCUCUCAUCCCCCCACCACUUCCUUCCUUCCUUUCUCUCCUCUCAUCCCCCUCAUGUUUCCUUCUUUCUCUCCUCUCAUCCCCCCCACCACUUCCUUCCUUCCUUUCUCUCCUCUCAUCCCCCUCACCCCUUCCUUCCUUCCCUUCUUUCUCUCCUCUCAUCCCCCCACCCCUUCCUUCCCUUCUUUCUCUCCUCUCAUCCCCCUCACCCCUUCCUUCCUUCCCUUCUUUCUCUCCUCUCAUCCCCCCACCCCUUCCUUCCUUCCCUUCUUUCUCUCCUCUCAUCCCCCUCACCCCUUCCUUCCUUCCUUCCUUUCUCUCCUCUCAUCCCCCCACCCCUUCCUUCCUUCCCUUCUUUCUCUCCUCUCAUCCCCCUCACCCCUUCCUUCCUUCCUUCCUUUCUCUCCUCUCAUCCCCCUCACCCCUUCCUUCCUUCCUUCCUUCCUUUCUCUCCUCUCAUCCCCCUCACCCCUUCCUUCCUUCCUUUCUCUCCUCUCAUCCCCCUCACCCCUUCCUUCCUUCCUUCCUUUCUCUCCUCUCAUCCCCCUCACCCCUUCCUUCCUUCCUUUCUCUCCUCUCAUCCCCCUCACCCCUUCCUUCCUUCUCUCCUUUCUCUCCUAUCAUCCCCCUCACCUCCUUCUCUUCCUUCCCUCCUUUCUUUCUUUCCAUCAGUUCUCUCCUGUCCUCCUUUCUCUCUCUCCUCUCUGAGUGUACUUCUGCUCACUGUAGGCAGUCAGAGUUAAUCAGGGUGGGUUCUGAUGUCCAGCAGCAGGUAUCUGUGAUCGAUGUAUUUAUUUAUGAAAGAGGCAUUCACGCAGCUGCAGCUCAGCCUCAAAUGAAGAGUCUGAAGAUGAGGCAAUAAAACUCGUAGUGAGAGUCGGCGGAGUUAAAUUCAUAACAAGCUGAAGAGCUGUAAUAUUGCUCUGUAAUGGAAUCACAUGACUUUAAGCUAGGGAGGAACUGAAUUUUUCUAAAAUACGAUGAAAAACACUUUUGCAGCGUACUUCCUCCCCAGCUGCUUCUCCUCGGCUUUCUGAUCAGGCCGAGGAAACCAGUUACCGUGACAACCUUGCUGUGAACAGUCUACAGAUGGGGUAGUGUGAUGCAUCAGGUAUUGUGAUCAUUGUUAGUUUUGUUUUUUUGGUAAAAGAUAGCUUUAUAAUUAUGUUUAAAUAUCGCGUCGCAGUCGUUAACGUAUUCCCGAGGAAGCAACACGUUCGAGCUAAUCACCAACGGCCGUCCUCAGACGCGCAUGAUUUUUAAUAACAAUCUGAAGCAAACGUUUUAAUCACUUUCGCACAGUUUGAUAUCGAAAACAUAAGCCGGCGAUAUGGACUUGUGUGUGAGAUGUGAGAAUCAGAAUCAGGCUGAGAAUUCGUUUUGUGAACCCGAAGCCUCGCUGGUGAAAUUGAGCAGGCUCCGGUUUCUGUGUGAGCGAGUCACGAGGUUCACAAAACGAAUCGCUCGUCUAAACUCUCGAGUGUGAAUCCUCACCGUCCUGAAUCAGUGCAUUAUUUGCAACAGAGCUGUUUUUGGGUUUUAUUUUAUUAUUUUUUUUUUUCCCCUUAGAGUUAGGAAUGUACGCAAGUAGAAUGUAUUAUCAUAGAAGAGCUAUGUGCAUUUUGCGUAAAACAUGCAGGUAUAUAAAUACAUGAAUGAUAUAUAAAUUAACUUUUAAAAGACAUCAUGAUGUUUGGGUGCUUUUUACCCUCGUUUGUGUUUACAUCUCUGUCUGAUUGAUAACUCUGUGAGCGUGGCCGGAUCCGCGGCCCGUCUGCUCUUCCACGAUUCCGCUGCUGUAGAUAUUCGCUCCGUCCUCGCUGCGAUUCGGCCUGCGGGGUUCGACAUCGACAACUCUCGGUUAUCUGUUUCACAAUUGGUUUUUUUUUUUGGUUUUGUUUUGUUGUUUUUUUUAAAAUGUGAGUUGAAAAGAUAUCAAACAUUUACACACUUAUCUACACUUGAAAUAUUAUUAAAAGGUCAUAAUCUAAUCAUGUGACGUGGCAAUUGUGCACAAGUUCCGUGAGCGAGCUGUGCUUGUGUAGACUCGAAGUUAAACACGACAGCACUCGAUGUUCACUAGCUGUGGUUAUUGAUUAGUGAAAACACCCUGGUGGUCUCUCUCUGUCUGUCACUGUAUUUGCUAUAAAACAUGCUUAAACGAUUAACGUACAAAAAAUUCUCUGAAGUGUAAAAACUUUUUUAAAGCAAAUAAAUACGUACUGAUUAUGAA